AUGAGUUCCUAUUUUGUCAACUCAACUUUUCCUGUUUCUCGGCCGGGAGGACAGGAGUCUCUCCUGGGUCAGAUACCAUUAUAUUCCUCCGGAUAUACUGACCCUUUAAGACACUUUUCUAACGCUACAUAUGGAGCUGCCAAUAUGCAAGAGAAGGCUUACCCAACCUCAUAUUACCAGCAAACCUCUGGUGUCUACGGUCGCCCCAGCACCAGCGCUCCCUGCGACUACCCAGCUGGAACUUUUUACAAGGACAGUGACCGUUCGUGCGCUUUCGCAAGUCGAGAGGAGCAGCCGCUCGUAUUAACUCAGGAUCAGCGCAGGUCAGAGUGCCUCGAGCAAAAUGUAAACAUAACCACUGCUGUGGACGACAAGUCUUCUUCUUUGCUUUAUCCGUGGAUGCAAAGGAUGAAUUCUUUCACCGCCGGGGCCUUUGGUAGCAGUGGGCGCAGGGGCCGUCAGACCUAUACUCGAUACCAGACACUUGAGCUCGAGAAAGAAUUUCAUUUCAAUAGGUAUUUGACCAGGCGUCGUCGAAUCGAGAUUUCGCAUGCUCUAUGUCUCACUGAACGCCAGAUAAAGAUUUGGUUCCAGAAUCGCAGAAUGAAGUGGAAAAAGGAGAACAAAGUUAUGAAUCCUUCGAAACCCAGCGACGAAGAAGAGGAAAACAAGACAGAUUAA